CUCUGGCGAUGAGGGACUACCCGGAAAGCGUCGCCUUUCUGGGCCAGUGGGGCCGCUUCCAGCAGGUCGUCUUCUUCCUGCUGUGCGCCACCAUCGUGCCCAACGGAUUCGGCGCGUUCAACCUGGUGUUCCUGACCGACGUGCCGCGGCACCACUGCGCGCUGCCGGACGUCAACCUCACGGAGGACUGGCGCGACUCCAUCAUACCUGUGCAGGUGGUGAAUGGGAACCAGCAGCUGAGCAGGUGCAGCAGGUUCAGGCUGGACGUGGUCAGAAAUCUCUCCGCUCAGGGAUUGGUUCCUGGCCGGGACGUCAACCUGACGGACCUGGAGCAGGAGGGCUGUGUGGACGGGUGGAGCUACAGCAGAGACGUCUACCAGUCCACCAUCGUCUCGGAGUUCGACCUGGUGUGCAGUGAGCAGUGGAAGCUGACGUUCACUUCCACAGUUUUCUUCGUUGGAGUUCUUCUUGGAUCCUUCUUCUCAGGACAGCUGUCAGACAGAUUUGGAAGAAAACCUGUUCUUUUUGCAACCAUGGCAGUCCAGAUGUUAUUUACCUUUAUUCAAGUCUUCUCUACCUCCUGGGUCAUGUUCACGGUCCUCCUCUUCAUCAACGGUUUGGGACAGAUUUCCAACUUUGUCGCCGCCUUAGUGCUGGGCACGGAGAUCCUGACGGGCCACGUGCGCGUGCUUUACUCGUCCAUGGGCGCGUGCCUGAGCUUCACCCUGGGCUACAUGAUGCUGCCCAUCUUCGCCUUCCUCCUGAGGGACUGGACGUCUCUGCUGCUGGCCCUGUCGCUGCCGUGCCUGGCCUUCCUCCCCCUCUGGUGGUUCAUCCCAGAGUCUCCUCGGUGGUUGCUCUCUCAGGGACGAGUGGAGGAGGCCGAGCGCAUCGUGAGAACGGCGGCCAAGUGGAACAAAGUUCAGGCUCCACUGGUCAUCUUUGAAGAAGCCGGACUCGAAAGAAAACUACAGCGCCUUCGACCUGGUGAGGACCAGGAGCAUCAGAAUCACAACCCUCCUCCUCUGCCUGGUGACCCCCUCGCCUCGCCCAGGUUUUCCACGUGUACCGGCUACUACGGCCUGUCUUUCAACACGUCGCAGCUCCACGCCGACCCGUACAUGAGCUGCUUCAUCUCUGCUGCCGUGGAGGUGCCGGCGUACAUUUCCGGCUGGCUGGUUCUGCGAUACUUUCCACGACGGCCGUCCAUCUGCUGCAGUUUUCUGCUUGAAGCAGUGUCCCUGUUUCUCAUUCAACUGGUGCCUCAAACUUUAACAAAUCUCUCCAUUGCACUGGAGAUGUUGGCUAAAUAUUUCAUCACCGUCACUUUCUCCAUGAUGUUCGCCUACAUUGCAGAGCUCUACCCGACGUUGCUCAGGAACACAGCGGUGGGGAUAUGCUCCACUGCUGGCAGACUAGGAAACUGCAUCGCACCUUAUUUGGUAACUCUGAACACCUAUCUAUUACACCUUCCUUAUAUUGUCAUAGGGUCUCUUGGUAUUGUGGCUGCCUUCGCUGCUCUCUUCAUUCCAGAGACCUUUGGACGACCUCUCCCCGAAACAAUGCAACAGAUGCACCAGAGAGAAAGGAUGAAGUGUCCAUGCGUCACUGGAAAACAAACCCCAAUCCCUGUAGAACUGCUGGACAGUCCACUGUGAUGAGCUAGCACUUUACUGACAGUCGGUGAUAUUAAAUAUCACUACUCGACUACUUCUUUGUUUCUUAAUAUUGUAAUAAUCUUUAAGUUUUUUAGGUAUAGUAAAAUGUAUUUAAUACUUUCAUGUAUUAUGUCAGCAUGUAAAGAAUUAAAAGGAUUUAUUUUCGUA